CGUUUACAGCCGUACCUAUAUAAACAAAAACCGGUAUUAAAUAAUUUUCAAUACCUAUCCGGAGACAAUUGCGUGCGGUGCUGAACGUGGACCGCGUUCGCAUUUUGUUUUAUUUAUUUUUCGUCAAAGUCUCCAGCGGACUUCUUCGCGAUGGCAUUGACCAGUGUGUUGGGGUUGACUAUCUUAAGUGUAGCUAACUAUGGUAAUACUUAUGAAUUUUCUGGACAACUAAAACCAACCAUAAAACCAUUUUCUGCACCGACUAACCAACAUUAUCAAGGAGACCAAUUCAAGUCAGCGUUCGGAUUCAAUAGUGUGCCCCCAAAGCCCUUCGGAUCACCAUUCGAACACUUUAAACAAUCGUAUCAACCUUACCAACCAUACAGGGCAAAUUAUCAACCAUUCGGACCUUACCCUGGUUACCCGGGACCUGUUGUAUACCCCGGCCAAGGUGGUUAUCAAGGGCCAGAGGCUUACCGUUUUAAUGAACCCAACCAUAAGCCAUUUGGAUUCCAACCAUUCCCAGCACCGGUACAGCCAGAGUUCAAUCAAUACAAGUUUGGUCCAUCGAAAAAAUUCAAUAAAAAUUUCCCGGGACUUGCCGAUUUCAAUCAAGCUGGCAAAUACUUCCAAGAACACCAAUUUGGAGCAUAUCAUGGACCUGAAUUUUCUUCCGCCAUUAUUCCCGCAGAACACAGCAUUAAACAAUCUAGGCCCAAGGAUACAUUAUUAGGCAAGCCAGUUGAAUUUGGAUUACCUAAACAAACCAGCUUUGGAUUCCCUUCUCUGCCAUCGUUCGGAUAUCCAGUACCAAACUUCCCACCAGUAAAGUCUUUCGCCAGCACCGUGCCGUCAGUAAAAAGCGUGCCCGCUACACUCAUCCCGGUGAACGCGGUUAAGGUCGAUCAAAAAUUUGGUGGAGCUGAAGUCACUACCGCAGUCAUCCCUUCGUCGUCGGCUCAAGACGAUUCGGCAACAGUGCAACAGCAAUCCGCGGAGGUCACCGGCGAACCAUCAGCAGUGACGCCCGCUGCGGACGCCCAGUCCACUAGUCCCGCUCAGGAGGAUGUCACUUCCGGUGUCUCCUCGGACGCUCAAGUCCCCGCCGCCGAAGUAGCGAUCAACAGUGAAGUGCCCGCCGCCGAAGUGACGAGCAACAAUGAAGCGCCCGUCGAAGCACCGAAUGCCAACGAAGCGCCGAACGCCAACGAAGCGCCUGCCGCCGAAGUAACCAACAACAAUGAUGCGCCCGCCGCCGAAGUGACGAACAACAAUGAAGCGCCCGCCGAAGCACCGAACGCCAACGAAGCGCCCGCCGGCGCAGUACUGAUCAACGGUGUAGUGCCGUCGGCUGAAGACGCCGCCAUCGCCCAGGCCCAAGAGCAAAGCGCCGCACAGUCGUCGUCGGCCAACGAACCCAGCAACGUUGGCAGCGAGCAGACCGCUUCCGCCCCACAAGACUCCGCGGUCCAGGAACCCAGCGCUGCCGAAGAAGUCAAGGAGACCUCCAGCACCGCACCAGCCCAGGCUUCAAACGAACCCAGUGAAACGUCCACCGCCAGCGGACCGGCGAAAUCCGAGUCAGUCGCAGCCGAGAACAAACCAGCGACCGGAUCUGCAGCCGUGAACUUGCCGGGUCUACCCCUCGAUCUGCAGAGCACGCAAUUCGGGCCCGUUCCCAUCACGGACACGUCGUCUCUGGGUCAGUUCGGUUCGUCCGGAUUCCCGUACUUCGGACAGUCCGCCGGCGCCCAACAGCCGUCGUACUACCCCUACUUCGACGCACCUGGUUUCUCGGAAGAAGAACUUAAGACGUUCGCGGCCAACUUCGCGGCCAACACCCCUGCAGCACAGUCGGGACAGGUCGUCGGAAGCGGCGCCGACACGGCGGCACAGUUCGCCCAGGGAGCUUCUUUCAGCAAUCCUUCGGCCGAGAUUGCCACCCUCCUUGAAAGCGCAAACAGCGCUAAGAGCCAAGACAAAGCCGCAAGCGAUGAGAAACAAAAUGUAACCCCUGCAAGUUCAUCAUUGCCAUCGUCGUUGCCAUCAUCGUUGCCAUCGUCGUUGCCAUCGUCGUUGCCAUCGUCGUUGCCCAACGGCCUGAAAACUUCACAGCCGAAAUUCAACUCUGUGCAGAUAAUCCAGAACGACCCGUUCAACGGACAGUUGCCUCUAUUAUAUGACCCAUCCAACUCUGCCUCACCAUUGGACACAUACAAGUUCUACAACCAUCCGUCAGUGUCCAAGUGGUCAUCUCAAGCCUCCUUGGCCUCGUACUCGCCCGAGUCCGCGUUCAGCAACUUCGGAUCAGAAUUCAAUCAAGGCUACUUGGUCGAAGGGUCGCCUACGCUCGCGCCACUCGCCAAGACUGUCAUACAAUCCGGCCAGACGCCGCUUUCUAUCUCGUCCCUUGACCAUCCGCUCCACAGCCAGGUGUUCAAGUACUCGCAGUCAUUCGUGCCAUACCCAGGACUGGUGGCCAGCAACAACAACGCUGCCGCUUUCCAACCCUUCGGCGUGUCGUCGUCCACGGUCGCGCCAGCCGAAGCCUCUGCCACCACAGCUGCCGCCGCCGCUGCUGCCGACGUUUCCGUCCAGUCGACUUCCGCCCCGGAAGUAGCAGUUGAGAGCAGCAGCACCAACGCUCCGGCCGGAGAGUCAGCUUAAGGCAUUUGCGAUAUUCUUCCCGCCAUUCCCUCGCCCCCGGAAAUGGUCACUUUACACUUAUUUUCCUUGUUCUUCCAUUAACAAUCCAUCCAACAUUGCCUUUGUAUAAUCUAUAUAUUUGUGCCAUGAUGUUCGACGAUGAGUACCGAUUAUCCGUAGGGUAGUUGUCAGUCAAUAUUUCAGAAGACUAUAAAUAUAUAUAUACCUAUUGUAAUCAACUAUUGUACCGUGAUUGUUUUAUUGUGUUAAAACGAACGUAUUUAAAUAAAAAUUACUGCGUACAACAUAAAAGAAUACGUUUUUUUUAUGCAAUUAUAUUUUACAACGUAUUAGCGGGUUUCAUCCGAAAUAAUUAUUUUACAAGCACGUCAUGAAAAUUUGCUCGUAAUAUAUAGAUAGGUAUACCUAUGUAAUAUAAUAUAAUAUAAGUAUACUAGCCGUUUAGCCAGUCAUAGGUUCUCGUUACUAAAAUACAAUAUAUUUCAUGUUAUAUAAUAUAAUAUUAUAAUGUAUACUAUACACUCGAAUAUAAAAUAUUAUGUAUAAUAAAAGUGUGCGCACGACGUGUAUAUUAUUAUCAUGAUGAAGUUGAAGAAAUAAAUCAAACGGCGAUGUAUAAUACAUUUAA